AUGGUAGCGCUGGACGGCAAGCCCCUCUUCUUUCAACAGAGAGAUCGGCAGUGGGUGCCAACACUACGACUGUUGCAUGAAUAUCCUUCUAUGAUGCCGAAGAUGCAAGUAGACAAAGGCGCUGUGAAGUUCGUCUUGAGAGGGUCAAAUGUGAUGUGUCAAGGCUUGACGUCUCCUGGGGGCAGAAUGGAGGAUGUGCCGGCCAACACUGUUGUGCAAAUCGCUGUGGAGGGGAAACAACAUAGUUGCGCCAUCGGCAUCACCACUAUGUCAACCGAGGAAAUACGGCGUGAGAACAAGGGGCCCUGCAUCGAGACUCUGACGUAUCUGAACGACGGCUUGUGGACGUUGGAUUCUGUAGCCCGAUCGUAG